UUAAAAAAAGAAACAUUAUCUUUAUGAACUUCAUAAAUAAAUAGUUUUUUUUUUACAUGUGAAAUCAGAAGGAUCUUCGUAAUUAUUUCAACAACAGAACUAAACUGCGUUGUUACACUCCGGUCGUGUUAUGGUGUAACACACAAAUCGCGGACGUGAUUUCAGCGAUUCACUUGUAGAGUUCAUAGAUGAUAAAUGAUUAACUUCUUUCCCGUUUAAAAAUAGAGUUCGUUUUGUUUAAUCUUGCCAGCUAGGACAUUUCCCCAAGAGGAUAUGAUCGUUUACUGACGUCAUACAGUUUUCUGUUAUAAACUCGCGCGUGAAGCUAACUGAGGGUAGUUAGCUAGCUGUCAACUGUGCGUCUGUAAAUUAAUUCCUUCACACUUUUAACCACUUUUACUUCACGGAGAGUUGGCCGAGGUGACAACAUGACGAGCUUUGCCAGCACCGUGUUCUGCAGAACUCAAAGGGUUUGUCAACACCUGCCAGUGUUUCUUAACACCUUCCUGGUUUUCUCCAUUACUGGCGAGGUGAGUUACCUGGUGCUGGUCGAGGCUCCCCUGGAGGCGGAGCCGAAGAAAAAGGAGUGGACUGCCUGUUGGAAGGUGGUCCACUUGCUGGCCCAGUACUUCAUGCUGGGGAACAUCUGCUGGAACGCCCUCCUCUUCCUGAAAACGAACCCCAGCAUUAAAGGGGUGUUCUUGGGAGGAGAUGGCUUGGGACAGGGGUGGAGGUACUGUUACACGUGUGAGACACACACUCCCCCUCGCUGCUCCCACUGCUACGACUGCAAGGUGUGUGUGCUUCGCAGGGACCACCACUGCGUCUUUUUUGGCCAGUGUGUCGGCUUCCACAAUUACCGCUACUUCCUGAGUUGCUUGCUGUUCAUGUGGUCGGGUCUCCUCUACGCCGUGGUGAUGAACGCAGAGGUCUUCAUCGUCAUCCUGAAAGAGGGCGUGACGUUGCACAGCGUCCUGCUGCUGCUCAUACCCUGGAUCAUGCUUGUUUCAGGCAAGGUGUCAGCCCGCGCCUUUGCCUUCGCCUUCAUCGCUGACACGUGUGUGGUGGGUCUCCUGCUAGUGUCUGCAUUCUUCUUCUUCCAUCUAUUCCUGAUGUUUCGCGGUCAGACCACCAGAGAGUGGUACUCAUCUCGCCGUCCCUACAGCCUGGGGCUCCUUGGUAAUCUGCGUCACAUGCUGGGAGUUCGCUGGUACCUUUGCUGGCUCUCCCCACUCAUCCCAUCCCCACUGCCUGGAGAUGGGAUAAACUUCCAGGUCACAGGAUCACUGGAGCCAUCCCAGUGACAGCUGGAAGUCUGAGCAGGUGGCACGCCUUUACCUUAGUGGGGCUGGUUAAUGUUGGGAGCUGCAGCAGCAGGGAAAAGAACCUUGGCAGCUUUGGGUGGGAUGGUGCUUAAACAUCGUGGGGUUGUUUUGGAUCUCACUGGUUGCGAUGAUACACCAGUAUGUAGCCUUGUGCUGUGCUGAGACCUGCUGGAUCUGUGCUCUGAAUGUGGCUGGCCUCAGGGUAUUACACAGUAAUGAGUGGCAUUCCAAAGGUAGCACUGAAAAACACUGAAAUAAAAAUGUAUAAUUUAAGAAGCACUUGCAGGCUGACAGUGGCUCCUGGUGGUGAUGUUAAAUCUACUAAUUCAGGGAUUUCCUAGAACAUUAAGAUGCCUUGUGGGUUUUUACUGAAUUCUGUGUCAGGAUAAACAAUGAGAGGGUCGCACAGCAUCGUGCAAGACAAUCAUUCAAGACCCUCUCAGAACUAGUGUAUCACUUAACUUGUGUUUCUCUUUACACACUUAGGUGAUGUAAUGCCAUCUGGUUAAACACAGUAUGUAAACCUGAGUUUUGAAGUCUUGUUUUGUUGCUGUUCCAGUCAGUCUGGGAAGCCAUGCUGGUGUUUUAUUGUUAUUCAUACAGAUCAGUUGAAAAAUACUCAAUGCAUUUGUUACAUGUGUGUCGCCCGUCUCAGUUCAGUAUGUAACAUGCACUAAUGUCUUACCUCACCUUGUUAUGGCCACCAGCCAUAACACACCUGAUGCCAUGGUCUUUCAGUUCUUCGCUGGAGUUAUUUUCUUGUGCACUUUUCACUAUCUGAAUUAUUGCCUUGAAACAAGAUUAACGUCUUUGUUUUGGGAGGUUUUUUUUUUCCUUCUUGUUGCUAAAAAUGAUAUUAAAGCCAAAAUUUGUGUUUGUUUUGUUAAUUGUUUUGAUGCAAAUUUUUGUAAUGUUGGGUUUUACUGGGUUAAAGUGCAUUAUUGAACAGUUUGAAGAGCGAUAUUAUACAUACUUUGCUGUGACUGUUGCAUUCUUUAAACUUGUGUUGUAAGAGGUGUUUUGUUAAUUAAAUUUUUUGUCUACCUGCA